ACCCAAACUGAUUGGACGUGGUGACAGUUACGACAAGUGAAUCAUAAAAAGUUGAUCUGGACAUUAAUGAAGUUUUAAAUUGCUGAAAAAAAAACAAAUAUGGCUGUCUCAGAAGAAUCGGAACAUGUACAAUUGAAGCAAGGAGGCGAUAUCACAUAUCUAGAUAUGGUAGAUGAAAAUGAUGCACUCGGAGAGUCUCAGAUACGAAAACUGUUUGACGGAGCUACAAUAUUUCUCACCGGUGGUACUGGUUUCCUCGGUAAAUUGUUGGUUGAAAAACUUUUAAGAUCAUGCUCGGAUCUCAAGAGAUUGUAUUUGUUGGCAAGGCCGAAGAAAAACAAAGAGAUAAUUAAAAGACUUCAGGAACAAUUCGACGAUGUGCUCUAUGACAAACUAAGAAAGGAACAACCAAAUUUCAUCGAGAAAAUCAGCAUCGUGGAAGGAGAUGUCGGUCAAAUUAAUCUUGGCAUCAGUAAUGAAGAUAGACAGAAGUUACUUAAUGAGGUUGAAUUCAUUUUCCAUGGCGCAGCGACAGUACGAUUUGACGAAGCGCUGAAGACUGCUGUAGAAAUCAAUGUUCGAGGAACAAGGGAAAUAUUAUCAUUGGCUCGUGGCUGUUCCAAAUUGCGAGCUAUGGUACAUAUUUCCACAGCAUACAGCAAUUGCCCAUUGAAAGAAAUAGAAGAGAAGUUCUACGAAAGUCCAUUAAGUGGCGAAAAACUAAUCGAUCUAGUUGAAAGUAUGGAUGAAAAAACCAUCAAUAACAUAACUCCUGGUUUACUUGGUGAGUUCCCAAACACAUACGCAUACACGAAGUCAGCCGCAGAAGAUAUCGUGCAGAGAUAUUCAAAGGGAUUACCUGUUGCUUUAUUCAGACCAGCUAUCGUCGUUGGAACAGCUAAAGAGCCCAUCGCUGGAUGGAUAGAUAAUGUCUAUGGACCAACUGGGGUCGUCGUUGGUGCAGCAGUAGGACUUUUACAUGCAUUAAACUGCAAUCCAAUGGCAGUAGCCGACCUCGUUCCUGGUGAUAUGGUGGUGAAUGCGUGCAUAGCAACAGCGUGGAAGACAGCGCGCGAUUACCCGGGUAACCACGAAGACGCGCCGCCAGUCGACGAGCCCCCACCGAUUUAUAACUACGUAUCUUCUGUGGAACAACCACUGACUUGGAAAAACUUCAUGAGAUACAACGAGGUGUACGGUCUAGAAGUGCCAACAAUGCAAGCCGUGUGGUACUACAUCUUCUACAUAACUCCAUCCAAGUUCUUGUACAGCUUUAUCUGUUUAUUCCUGCACUGGAUACCUGCCUAUAUUAUUGACGCGUUGGCGGUGGUUAUUGGCAAGAAACCUAUGUUAAGAAAAGCUUACACGAAAAUCGACAAAUUCUCCGCCGUCAUCGGAUAUUUCGCAUUAAGGGAAUGGAAAUUUCACAAUGAAAAUACGCAGUCACUUUUCAAAGAGCUCUGCGAAGCUGACAAACAAAUGUUCGAUUUUAAUUUGAAAGAUUUAAUUUGGAAAGAAUACAUCAGUAGUUAUGUUAAGGGUAUUCGAGUGUACCUAUUAAAAGACCCAAUGGAUACGAUCCCAGCUGGACUCAAAAAGCAUUAUAAACUAAAAGUUAUGCAUUAUCUGUUUUCUUCAAUUUUGUUAGCUGUAGUUUUAAGGUUACUUUGGGGAGGACUACGAUACAGUAUAGGCGUGUAAUAUAGUUUUAAAUUGUGUAGUUAGAACGUUAUUUAAAUUUCUAAUACUAUAAUUAGUACAACUGAUUGCUAAGCUCUUUCGAUGCUAAUGCUAUUUGUGAUUUAGGUUAUAAUUCAAUGAAAAUCGGUUUUUACUAUUGAACUCUGAUUAAAAAGUGCAGAAUACAUUUUAAUAUAAGUGUUUCAGUAGAAUUUAACGGUUAGAUUUGAAGUUUACUGGCUAAAGCGAAAUAUGUGAUCGCCUAACCUAAAAGUGAUAUAAUUAUUUUCAAAUAUCUUGGCGGCUCAAGGUUGUAUGCUGUGCUGAGCCCUCCGCAUCUCUUUCCGCAGCUAUCUAACAUUUACUAUUUCUGUGUAGCGACAUUAUGCUCCAAGCGGCCAAGACAUUUGACAACCUCAAUAUAAACAAUACUUCUGUAUCUGGAACUGUACAUGAAAAGUUAUUUUUGAUUGAAAAUUGCUGUUGUGAAUUUCGACUUCCAUGAAACAUUGUCGUCUCUUUUGUUGUCAAAGAGUAUGAACGGGACGGUGAUGUAUCAUGCGUGUUGCGGUAGACUCUUGUACGGUUAGAAUUGAAUCAAUAUGAUUUGGCUUAACUUGAUAAAUAUUUUAUAUUAAUACGCUUAUCUGUAUUGUGUGAUUUUGGGAGAAUGGUAGAUAUAGACGUAUAUUUUGUAACCUUAAUACUUAGAUCAAUUAAUUCUACAGAAUGUACAAAUAUAAUGUUUUCUUAAUCGUUCUACGUAAGUUUGAUACUCCUUUUGUAAUGUAAGUUUACACUGCUGAAAAUCUAUUGCUGUCUCUGUUUUUUUUUAAUAGAAUAAGGGAGAUGACAGUAUGUUUUUAUAUUAAAGAUUCUGCGAUUAAAAAUACUGUUAUAAAGAAUCGAAUGGACUUUAAGGAGUUACCAUUUAAUAAUGUAUAAUUAGUUUUUCGUAAGAAUUGUUAAAGUAUGUGGUUUUAUGUAAAUUUGCAAUACAUAACUUUAUUCAAUAUGGGUAUUGAAACUACGUUCUUAGAAAUGUAUCUUUUAAUUCAUAAUAGUGCAGUGCCUGAUAUAAAUUGGCACGUCGGCAAGAAGAGAUCUUUUGUUCUUAACGAACCAACGUGCCGGGUGAUGUACGCAAAUUGCUCAGUUAUUUUAUAAGGACAAAUGAUAAAGGAAUAUUUAAGUAAGAUGUUGAAAAAUUUGCCAUCGACAAAUAAAUCUUUUUAUAAUA